AUGGCCCUUCUUCUCACUCUAUUCCUCACCGCUCUUAUUGCAUUUGUGGGCCACUACCUUUGGAUAUGGACGUAUUGGAUGCGAAAAGGAGUCAAAGGACCGCGCGGCUGGCCGUUCGUCGGCGUUCUCGAUCAGUUGUUGGAGCACGAGACGCCCGGAAUGCUCAAGUUGGGCGAGUGGACCAAGGUGAGCUCUUUUUUUCUCAAAAACCGUAUUUAGGGCCUGAUCUGGGGUCUCAAUUUCGCGUUUCUCGUCGUUCUAGUGGGUACUGUUUAGAAACUUGAGCAUAACUCCAGAAUGACAACUUUUUGAAUAAAAUGCUCAACUACAAAGUUGUUAAGCUCAAAAUUUGCAACAACUUUUUAGUUGCUCAGUUUUUGCAAAAAUUAUUGGAUCUUGAGAUAUAAGUGCCCAAAGAUAAGGGGUUUUUAGUGAGAGGAGGCGGCAUCCUUCAAAGUGCAACGACAUUCAAAAAUUAGUUCCGUCACCAAAAUAUUGACUAUUUACGCGUUGACCAUGUACGUCAUUGGUGGGUUUCUCAUCAAAAGUGCACAAUAUCGGAAUGCACUCGAUGUGUUCUUCUACCUGGGAACCGGAUCUUUGCGGCGCCCACACAGAACACUAAUCCGAUUAAACGCCUCAAGGCCUUUCUUCUCUCGUUUGCAGAAUCAGAAUCAGAAUCAUUGCAGAAAUACGGCGCGGUGUACGGUAUCACGGACGGAACGCAGAAGACGUUGGUGGUCGCCGAUCCGGCGAUGGUCCACGAGAUCUUCGUGAAGCAAUUUGACAAUUUCUACGGCCGCAAGUUGAAUCCGAUCCAGGGAGAUCCGGAGAAAGACGCGCGUGUGCACAUGUUGGCGGCACAGGGACAUCGUUGGAAGCGCUUGAGGACCAUUUCGGCGCCCACUUUCUCGCACGGCAGUCUCCGGAAAUUGAAGCCAACGGUCGAGGAUUGUGCGCUGGAAUUGUUGCGGCACAUUGAGAAGCGGACGGCCGGAGGCGAGCAGAUUGACAUGUUGAGGUGAGUAAAACAACAAAAAUUCGCCUCGAGUAUCGAGUAAUUCUGCAGAUUCUAUCAAGAGUACACGAUGGACGUGAUCGGCCGAGUCGCAAUGGGUCAGCACGACUCUCAAAUCUUCCGCAACCCGAUCGUCGACGUCGUCAGAGAUGUAAGAAUUGUCGCAAGUGACAGUCUCUCUUAUCAAAAAUCAAAUUUAGAUUUUCUUGCGGCAGUCGCAAGAACCUCAUGCUGAUGUGCCAAGUGUUUCCGGCGGUCGGCCGCGCGAUUCGAACUCUCACUUUCAAGUUUCCAAAGCACGGCAGUCCGGCGUUCAAACUCUACAGCAUCAUGGAGGAGGUGGUGCGAGCGCGCGUCGAGCAGCGGGAACAGGACGUGGCACGGGGCUCGGAGCUCGGCGAGCCGCACGAUUUCAUCGACCUGUUUCUGAACGCGAAAAGUGACGUGGAUUUCGGGCACGAGGCGAACGAGGCAUUCACGAAGAGAAACAUGAAGGUGACGAAGGAAUUGAGUGCCGAGGAGGUCGUCGGACAAUGUUUUCUGUUCCUGAUUGCUGGUUUCGACACGACCGCUCUAUCCCUAUCGUAUUCCACGUACCUUCUGGCAACCAAUCCAAAAGUCAUGGCCAAAUUGCAAGAGGAGGUGGACAGAGAGUGUCCGGACCCCGAGAUCACUUUCGAUCAACUGGCAAAACUCAAGUACAUGGAAAUGGUGCUGAAAGAGGUGUUGAGGAUGUACCCAUUGGCUUCUAUGUGAGUGUUUUGAACCCAAAACCACUAUAGACUCUCUUUCCGAUUGAUAAGAACCUUGAAACACAGUUUGAUAAGAGUGUCAGGUUCCAUAGUCUAGCAACCAACUUAUCUACCAUUUUUCCAGCUCCAACUCUCGGAAAUGCAUCCGCGACACCAAUGUGUGCGGGAUGGAAAUCGAGGCGGGCACGCACGUUCAGGUGGACACUUGGUCCAUUCAUUACGAUCCCAAGAUUUGGGGCGAUGACGUGGCAGAGUUCAAGCCGGAGAGGUGAGUUGCAAUCGGGAUCGGAUUACUGUAGAGAAACUAGCUCAAAUCAAUUGCUAUUCCAGAUGGGAGACGACGUCGGACGAGCAUCUGGAGCACAAAGGAUCGUACAUUCCAUUCGGACUGGGACCGCGCCAGUGCAUCGGAAUGCGUCUCGCCCUAAUGGAGCAGAAGGUGCUGCUGGCUCACAUCCUGAAACGGUACACGCUCGAGCCGGGCACGCUCACCCGAAUCCCUCUGAAGUUGGUGGGAAGUGCGACGACUUCGCCGCAAGACGUCUACCUCCAUUUGAGACCCAGAAACGUGUAA